AUGCCACUGCAACCGACGCCGCCGCCGCCGCCGCCGCCACCGCCUGCCGAUAACACUACUGGUGCGGCGCUGCAUCUCAACCUUGCAACAUCGCCGCACUUCCCAGCUGGCCAACAGGCCGCCGAAGCAGAUACGCACAGUGCUAUGACCAUCACGCCGCCCCCGACGCCGCCGCCACCGCAUGCCGAGAAUGCUACUGGUGCGUCGCUGCGUCCCAAUUUGGCAACAUCGCUGCUCUACCCAGCCGGCCAACGGGCCGCCGAAGCACAUGCACAACAUAACAUGACCAUUACGCCGCCCCCGACGCCGUGCCACCGUCUGCCGAGAACGCUACUGGUGCGGCGCUGCGCCUCAAUUUGGCAACAUCGCCGCACUUGCCAGCCGGCCAUCAGGCCGCCGAAGCGGUCAAAAACCAUGCUAUGA